AUGCAACUUGUAGAAGAACUCACAUCCUUACUUGGAGUCAGUAUAAUCAUCACCAACAUUCGGUUCGCUCUUUCGGGGGUUGCCAUUGGAGCAGGGUGGCAGACCACGGUAGCCUAUAUGAAUUUUGGGUCGUAUUUCUUUUUUGGCAUACCGUUGGGUCUUUUUCUAGGGUUCAUACUCGAUAUGGGUGUCAAGGGAAUAUGGUCUGGAAUGGUUUUGGGAGCAAGCAUGCAAUGUUUCCUCUUGCUUAUGAUGGUUUCUCGAACUAAUUGGAAUGAUGAGGCAAACAUUGCAGGAGAUAGAAUCAUACAUUGGGGUGGUGACAUUCUUAACAAAGACCAUGACGAAGAAAGAUCGAAAGAGCAAUUCAAAAGGCCAUCAUGA